AUGGCAGCCAACGAAUCCAAUCAGAGCAGUGUUCAGAAGUGCCGCGAAAUCCUCGAUACCCUCGAGCAAAAUUAUAGUGGACUUCUUUCUCAGUAAGUCCAUGGAUAAUAUGAGAAGACUGAUUUUUCUUUUGUUAGGCAUGGUUAUUCUUGCAAAUUUAGGUGGAAUGAAUGCAUAAUAGAAAUUCUGACUUUUUACAAGCUGAACUGUCUUGUUAUAGGUUGAUUCAACGAUCAGGAGCUCAAUCGACCAAUCAGGCCAAGGUCACUCAGAUCUACACCUCUCUUAUUAAUCUCAGAAACGCUGUUGAGAACCUCCCAGACAUCGAUCAAGACCUGGAAAGUCAGAUAGAAGAGAUUGGAGCAUUGAGACAACGGUUGCAUAAGAAGAAUGAGUUCAUCAAACGAAUCCAAUCCGGCGAGUUCAACAAAUACGAUGGAGAAGGUAAUUCGUUUAUUUCUCGUUUGUUUUUUGAUUUUUAGUGCUCAAAUUUUAGAAUAACGUUGCUUAUUUCUUCAGAUACGCAAUGACGAUGGCAAGAAUAGUGUGCGGAUCAAGUGCCGGACCUGUGAAUGUGUUGUUUUGGAUAAGAAUGUGGGCACGUUUAUUGGUGAAUAUACGGUCGACGUUCCACUGGAAUCUCAGAAAAAGGCAAAUCCAAAGACGGAGAAGGAACCUCUGAGUCAAUGGUGGUCUGUUCAGGUUCGUUUGUCUUGGUUCUUGAGAUCCACCAUGUUUUUUAUUUAUACUAGACAUCAAGUGUGAUUUCAGGACGUUUUUCACUUUGAGAAUGUUGGAGUGACCCGGUCUCAUGAAGGAAUUCAAUAUUUGUGUUGUUCGGAGUGCGAAGUAGGUCCAAUUGGGUUAAAAGACGGCGAACGGUACCUAGUUUCGCUCGAUCGGAUCACGCAUCAAGUCGAAGAAUAAAUGA